ACAAACACGCACACACAAAGGCCGCUUCUUCCCUCUCCUCCAUCUUGCUCUAUCCUACCUCCUGCUCUUUACUCCCAUCUACCACGCUUCAAUGGCACGACGAGACAGGUCGUAUUCACCGGAUGCUCCUAAUAAGAGGACCCCCCAGAUCGAGGUACGACGACGACAGGGACCGCGACCGAGAUAGGGACCGAGAUAGAGACGGUCAUAGAUAUCGUGACGACCGCUACAGAGACGACCGCAGGCGGGAUUACCGUGAUGAUAGACGAGACGACAGAAGACGUUCAAGGUCCAGAGAGCGCGGCACCCGCGAUAGACAACCACCUACCCCUCCUCGCUCCCGUCCAGAGUCUCGCCCUGAGCCAGAAUCCGCUGCGGCGACUCCUCCCGUUGAAGAUGAGAAGCUGAAAGCCAAGCGUGCGAAGCUGGAAGCCUGGAAGAAGGAGCGAGAGGCGAAGAAGGCAUUAGAUGAAGCCAAGGCGAAGGCAAUGGCACUUGCUGGAAAAACUGCACCAAUUACUACCACGCAAGCUAAACCUGCGGCCCAACUCAAUCGUGCCGCGUUGAGCGGUCUGGGCCUGAAGGGCUUGCCGUUGAAACCUGACGUGCUUAAGGCUACCAAAUCUGCGGCAGUCAUGGACGAUUCCGUAGAGACGAAGCGCAAGCUUGAGAGACUUGAUCUGCCCGAAGUGGAUAUGUCUAUGAUUGACGGACAAACCAGUGUCGGAGAUCUCGAAGUAGAUGAUGAAGAAGACGAGUCGGAAAAGGUCGCCCCAACCAAGCCUGCUGAGGCAAUGGAGGAGGAAGACGAGGUUGACCCUCUCGAUGCUUUCAUGAGCGGUGUAAAGGAGGAGGUGAAGAAGGUCACGUUAGAGGAUCUGAAGAAACUAAGCGCGGGUGGUAAUGGUCGGGUACGCUUGGAUGAUCGAAUGGCUGAGGAUGGCAUGGAAGAGGAGGAGGGGCCUACUAUAGAUGAACUUGAUGCCACCGAGCUGAAUCCUGAAGACAUCCUUGCUCUCGCAGCAAAGAAAGCAAAGAAAAAGGAUCUUGCUGCCAUUGAUCAUUCUCGAGUCGCGUACGAGCCAUUCCGCAAAGAAUUCUACAUCCCUCCUCCGGACAUCGCUGAUAUGACUGACGAGGAGGCAGAUCUCCUGCGUCUUGAAUUGGAUGGCAUCAAGAUUCGUGGCGUCGACUGCCCAAGGCCAGUCACUAAAUGGAGUCAUUUUGGUCUUCCUGCUAGCUGCUUGGAGGUUAUUAAGAAGUUGAAUUACACUGCUCCAACACCCAUUCAAGCGCAAGCCAUUCCGGCGAUCAUGUCUGGCCGUGAUGUGAUUGGUGUCGCCAAAACCGGUUCGGGGAAGACUAUUGCCUUCUUGCUCCCCAUGUUCCGUCACAUCAAGGACCAGCGACCUCUUGAGCAAAUGGAAGGACCUGUCGCCGUUGUCAUGACCCCAACUCGUGAACUUGCUGUUCAAAUUCAUAGGGAAUGCAAACCUUUCUUGCGGGUAUUAGGAUUAAGAGCGGUCUGUGCAUAUGGUGGCUCUCCAAUUAAGGACCAAAUUGCGGAAAUGAAGAAGGGUGCCGAAAUCAUUGUUUGCACACCAGGCCGCAUGAUUGACCUACUCACGGCAAAUUCUGGACGUGUCACCAAUCUGAAGCGUGUCACUUAUCUGGUUCUCGACGAGGCCGAUCGCAUGUUCGAUAUGGGUUUCGAGCCUCAAGUGAUGAAGAUCGUGAAUAACAUACGACCCGACCGCCAGACUGUACUAUUCUCUGCUACGUUUCCUCGACAGAUGGACUCGCUUGCUCGAAAGAUUCUUCACAAACCUCUCGAAAUCACCGUUGGCGGUCGUUCAGUCGUCGCACCAGAGAUUGAACAGAUCGUUGAAGUUCGCGAUGAAGAUUCCAAGUUUAACCGUCUACUGGAGAUUCUUGGGCAGACUUACAACGAGGACCCGGAAAGCCGCACUCUCAUAUUUGUCGAUCGGCAAGAAGCCGCGGAUAAUCUUCUACGAGAGCUGAUGCGGAAAGGUUACCUGUGUAUGUCGCUUCAUGGUGGCAAGGAUCAGGUUGACCGAGACUCUACUAUUGCUGAUUUCAAGGCCGGUGUUGUCCCCAUUGUAAUUGCCACGUCUGUCGCCGCAAGAGGGCUCGAUGUCAAACAGCUCAAGUUAGUUAUCAACUACGACGCUCCAAAUCACAUGGAAGAUUACGUCCACCGAGCUGGUCGUACAGGUCGUGCUGGGAACAAAGGAACUUGUGUUACCUUUAUUACUCCUGAGCAAGAUAGGUAUUCAGUUGAUAUCUACAGAGCUCUCAAGGCCAGUAAUGCUGCAGUACCCAAAGAUUUGGAGGAGCUUGCCAAUGGCUUCUUGGAUAAAGUCAAGUCUGGCAAAGCCAAAGUUGCUGGUUCCGGUUUCGGCGGCAAGGGUCUUGAUCGUCUCGAUCAGGAGCGCGACGCCAAAGAGAAGGCUGAACGCAAAGCUUAUGGCGAGCCUGAAGAAGAGAAACCGGCAGCCGUAACAGAAGAGCCAACAAAGGCUGCUGCUGCUGCAACCGAUGACAUGACCUUUGGUGCCUUCAAGGUCGAAGUCAAGCGCGGCCCAGCGCCGGAUUCCUCUAAAGGACAACUUGGUGUCGCUGGCGCGGCUGCUGCGGCUAGACGUCUCGCACAAGCCAAGGAAGAAGAGAAAAUUCAGAAUUCUCUUCGCGAGGCCGAGGCAGCUGCUGCUCGUGCAGGGAAAGAUACUGCUGCACAGAAGCAGGCUCUCAGCGUCGUGGCCAAGCUCAAUGCGCAAUUGCGUGCACACAAACUGGUCGCACAGUCCCAGUUACAGCUACUCCACGAAGAUCCUUCGAAGAAGGCGACCACCGACGCAACCGAGUUCCAUGCUAUCAUUCCCAUUAACGACUAUCCGCAGAAGGCUAGGUGGAGAGUUACUAAUAAGGAGACUAUGGUUCAGCUCAUCGAUAUGACUGGGGCCUCCGUCACCAACAAGGGUAUUUACUAUGAGCCUGGUAAAGAACCACCUCCGGAAGGACCACCCAAGCUUCAUCUACUCAUUGAGUCGAAUGAAGAGUGGAGGGUUGAGCAAGCCGUCCGCGAGAUCAAACGACUCCUCAUUGAGGCUUCUGCGGCUGCUUUGCAGGCCGAGAUGCGUAAUCCAACUGCGACAGCUGGAAGAUACAGUGUUGUGUAGAGACAGUUGCUAUCGACACACGUCGGCCCCAUGCCGUAGACUACCGCAUCAUCUCACUUGCUUUACUUUAUUUCCGUUGUGUCGUAAGUCCAGUAUCUCCAUCCCGAGAAAUACAGACAUCAUUUGAUCGUACUGACUGAAUUCUUCCCCCUUGAGUGAAUGUUCACAAUUCUGUGGGUAUGACAUCGAUGUUCGUUUUCCAUUGGUUCCUUUAUUUCUCACCUGAGAUGUGCUGCAGCAACCCAUGUACAAGAUUCAUACGAGAAGAAAGAAAGGUAAAGUGACAAGAAACAAGAUCAUGGGUUUUGUUUAUCUACCCAAACCGUAUCCACGCGAUUUAAAUCCACCUGCUUGUCCUCCACUCUCGCUGGCUCCUCGUACUCUUCGCUCAACGUCGCCAAGUUUGCUCUCAACUUCCUUGACUGCACCAUCUAUCCACUGUAGACUCUCCAGAUGGCUACUCAAUAUCUGCGCAAUCUGACCAACUGGGUCUUCGGUCGCAGUGGUAUCCGUGCCCGAAGACGUGGACAGUGCAUUCACUGACUCGAUCAUCUCGACCAGUGAAUUUGAAAGAUCAUCAAGAUGACCAUGCAAUUCCGUGGCAAGCAUGUAACUGCGAAGAUCAAGGAUUAGCCACUUGAAACUGGACUCGAUAACAAAGAUGUACUUCUUGUCGCGCUCCGUAUCUGCAGGACCAGUGUCCAGCGCUCGUAGGCUUCCGCCCUGGCCGCCAAUAAUCUCUUCUGUAACUUUCUCGUAUGCCUCCAAUGUUGAUGAAAGAUCUUUUUGUUGUUGUUCUAUAUGGUCGAGAGAUUGGUCGAUGUCAUUUUGCUCUCGGUCUGCUGCUAGAACGACGGAAUAUAGAGCAGCCAACUACAAAUCAGGUGGCGUUAAUUACACAGUGGGACAGAGAAAGGAGAAAAUAAGCCCACAUUGUUACCGUUCUCAAUCAACGCACGAUCCCACACUGCUACCUCGCCAGCGAACUUGUUAAACUCCCUUACGUGAGUUUCGAGUUCUGAAGACCAUCGGUUUACGAUCUCUUCUAUUGUUUUACCCCUGAGCAUGGAGGGAGGUGGAACGGAUACAGCUGGAGUAGUUGUUGCAGGUGCAGGUGUCGCUGUACGCAAGUUAAGGUCGCGAUGAGAGCGUGAAAGUUAUUCAAUACAUACCAGGUUUUGUAGCACCAAUACCGCCUAAUGUAAAAGCAGAAGCUACAAAUGAAUAAAAGUACAUCACAGUCCGCAUGG